AUGCUGGCUCUGAUUUGGGCCGCCACGAGCUACUUCGGCCUGUUCGAUCUCGGCCUCGGGCGUGCGCUCACGCAGCAACUGGCCAUCGUGCUGGGCGAGCAGCGUGACGACAAGGCGGGGCCGCUGAGUGCCACGGCGCUGCUGCUGAUGAGUGCCAUCGGUGCCCUGGCUGCCGCUUUUCUGCUGCUCACUGCGCCGGCCGCCGUCGACUUGGUGCGCAAUCUGCCCGACCGCGAGGACGCGCUGCACGCCACCUGGAUCAUGGCACUGGCCUUGCCGGCCAUCGUCGUGACCACCGGCCUGCGGGGCAUGCUGGAGGCGCGGCAUUCGUUCGCGGUCGUGAAUGCCAUUCGUCUGCCAAUGGGCGUAUGGACGUUCGCCGGCCCGUGGCUGGUCGUCAGCAUGGUGGGGCCUCGCUUGGCGGACGUCACGUUGGCGCUGGCCGUGGGGCGCUGGGUGGCGCUGUUCGUGCACGGCGCGAUGGUGUGGCGCGACCUGCCGCAAUUGCGCCGGCACCUGCGCUGGGAUUCGCGCUGGGUCCGUCCGCUGGCGACCUCCGGCGGUUGGCUGAUGGUCAGCAACCUCGUGAGCCCCUUGCUGGCCUACGUCGACCGAUUCGUCAUCGGCGCGUGCGUGUCGGCGGCUGCGGUGGCGCAUUACACGACGCCGCAGGAGAUCCUGACCAAGCUGUGGAUCAUCCCGGGUGCAUUGACGUCCGUGCUCUUCCCGACGUUCGCCGUGCUGAUCGAGCGGCGCGAUCCGGCGUCCUGGCAAUUGUUCGACCGCGCCACCUGGGCCCUUUAUCUCGGUCUGAUGCCCAUCAGCCUGGGCUUGGCGCUGUUCGCGCCAGAGAUCCUGCAGCUUUGGCUGCGCAACCCCGAGUUCGUCAGCGCCAGCGCACCGGUCAUGCAGGUCUUCACGCUCGGGAUUCUGCUGAGCUGUAUUGCCCACGUGCCGGUGACCUGGCUGCAAAGCUCGGGCGACAACCGUCCCGCUGCGCAGGUGCAUCUGGUCGAACUUCUGCUGUAUGCACCGCUGAUCGGCUGGGUGGCCACCCAUUACGGCGUGAUGGGCGCAGCCUGGGUCUGGCUGAUGCGCAUCAGCAUCGACUCGUUGGCCAUGUUCUGGCUGUGCCAUCGGCGCCGCCCGGCGCCGGGUCUGUUCAGGCAUCCCGUCGCCCUCAUGGCCGGCACCGCCGUGACCCUCUGCUCCUAUCUGUGGGUCGGACAGGCCGAGCUGCUGCCGCGUGCGGUCGUGCUGGGGGUGCUGGUGGUCGCUGCGGUGGCGUUGGGCCAUCGACUCUGGCGUACGCUGCUGGAGGAUGCGAGUCGCAAGGUCUGGCCACCGCAGGACCUCGAUUCACUGCCCGGGCCGCUGCCUCGUGUCACGAUCGUCACGCCGGUCUACAACCAGGAGGCUUUUGUUGCCGAGACCGUGCGCAGCGUGUUGUCACAGGACUACGCGGCGAUCGAGUACAUCGUCAUCGAUGACGGGUCCACCGACAGCUCCCUGCAGGUGCUGCGAGGGCUGGAACAGGAGUUUCCUGGGCGCUUCCAGCUCAUCAGUCAGGCGAACUGUGGGCAGGCAGCCACGUUGAACCGCGGCUGGGCGCUGGCAACCGGCGACAUCCUGGCCUACCUGAGUUCGGACGACCGCCUGCAUCCCGAAGCGGUCUCUCGCAUGGUGUCCGCGUUGCUCAAGAACCCGGGUGUUGCGGUUGCCUACUGCGACUUCUGCCUGAUCGACGCCAGUGGCGAGCGCAUGACCGAUGUCCAGGCCGAGGACUAUUCCGAGGCUCGGCUGCGGAAGCAUCUCGUCUGCCAGCCCGGGCCGGGGGCCUUCUUCCUUCGCUCGGUCUAUGAGGCAGUCGGAGGCUGGGAUGCUGGCUUGCGCCAGGUGCCCGAUUUCGAGUUCUGGCUGCGUGCGUCACGUCAUGCGCCGUUUCUGCGCGUGCCCUAUCCGUUGGCUGAAUACCGGGUUCAUGACGAGUCGGCGUCGUUCAGGCCCAUGCCACAGGCACGCGCUGACGAGAUCGUGCGCGUGGUCGAACAUCACCUCAACUCCGGCCAGAUGCGUGGGCAUUUCGCCAUGGGCAUGGCCCUGGCGAUCAGCGCCAUGAACCAUGCCCAGUCGGGACGGGCACGCCUGGCAUUCGUGAGGCUGCUGGCCGCGCUGCGCACCCACCCCGCCGUCGGGCUGCAGAUGAUCGUUUGGCGGCGCGUGUUGUCAGGCUUCUUCCGGCGCAGCUACUACCGGCUCGGAACUGCGACAUGA